AGACAAUCGCAUUGCUGUUAUUUCAAUUUGUACAAGGAAAGGGAACUAAAUUGUUGUGUAGAAUUCUCGCUUUUUUUCCACUUUUACUGCAUUUGCGAUGUCCGAUAGCGAAGAAGGUUAUUCAGAGAACGAAGAGGAAGAAGUUAUGGAUGAGGACGUGGAUGAAGAUGAUGAUGAUGAUAUUGAGGAUGAAGAAGAAGAAGAAGACGAAGAUGAUUACGACAGGAAGGGACAGAAGCGACGGAAGGUUGGAGCAAGUGCCUUCAUUGAUGCUGAAGCAGAGGUUGACGAGGAUGAUGAGGAAGGAACUGAAGCAGAGGAAGGUUUUGAAGGAUUUGAAGACCAUUCUGAACGAGAUGAAGAGCACACAGAAGAUAUAUCGGGUGCAAGGCGAUUGCAGCAAAUGUUGAAGGAGCGAAGUGAUGAAGAUUUGGAAGAAUACUACCGAAGGAAAUAUGUUGAAACAUCAAGAAAAUACAGCAAGAAGGAUUAUGACCAUCCUCGAGGAAUUGAACAACAAAGUUUACUGCCGGGAGUAAAGGAUCCAAAUCUUUGGUUGGUGAAGUGUAGGAUUGGAGAAGAAAAGGCAACAGUCAUUGCAAUGAUGAGAAAAGCACUUUCACAACAGUUCACCGAUGAGCCUCUACAAGUGAAGUCUGCAAUUGCUGUUGAAGGUCUUAAAGGCUAUAUUUACAUUGAGGCGUACAAACAAACUCAUGUCAAACAGGCUAUUGAAGGCAUUGGGACACUCAAAAUUGGCCAGUGGAACCAGAAAAUGGUUCCGGUGAAAGAAAUGACUGACGUUCUUAAUGUAGUUAAAGAUCUGGUUCAGUUGAAAGCUAAACAAUGGGUCCGCUUAAAACGAGGCAUUUUCAAAGAUGACUUGGCCCAGAUUGACUAUGUCCACCCUUCAAAGAACCAGGUCACUCUGAAAAUGAUUCCUCGCAUUGACUACGCAAAACCCAGAGGAAACAAAGCGCCUGAGCAGGAAGACCAGGAGAAGAAGAAACGAUUCCGAAAACCGCCUCCAAAAUUGUUCGAUCCCGAAGCUGUGAGAGGAAUCGGCGGCGAAAUUCAUCAAGAUGGAGAUUUCUAUCUUUUCGAAGGAAAUCGUUACCGUCAGGGUUUCUUGUAUAAGAAUAUGGCGAUAUCUGCUCUUGUCACCGAAGGAAUUAAGCCAACUCUUUCCGAGUUAGAAAAGUUUGAAAGCACCUCCGAAGAUAUUGACAUUGAAUUACCUACGAAAAGUUCAAAGGAGGAUGCUGAAAGUCAAUUUGCCCCAGGAGACAAUGUCGAAGUCGUCGAGGGAGAGUUGAUCAAUUUACAAGGCAAAAUUGUCAGCGUUGAAGGAAAUAAGAUCGUUAUGUUGCCUUUUCAUGAAGAUCUAAAGGAACCUCUGAAUUUCCCAUCCUCAGAGCUGAAGAAAUUCUUCAAAGUUGGAGAUCACGUGAAAGUCAUUCACGGAAAAUAUGAAGGAGAUACAGGCUUGAUACUUCGUGUUUUAGGAAAGACAGCCAUUUUGUUUUCAGAUCUUACGAUGCACGAGCUUGAAGCACUGUUGAAAGAUCUUCAGUUAUGUUCCGAAAGAAGCAGUGGUGUAGAUUCUCUGGGUCAUCAUCAAUGGGGCGACUUGGUUCAGCUAGAUCCUCAAACUGUCGGUGUGAUUGUCCGUAUUGAAAGAGAGACAUUUUCGAUCCUAAAUCAACAUGGGAAAGUCUCCCAAGUGCGGCAGCAAGCUGUGGCCAAACGUAAAGAAAAUAAACACGCCGUCGCUCUGGAUUGCGACCAGAAUACCAUUCAAGUUCGAGACGUGGUUAAGGUCGUUGACGGACCCCACAAAGACUUGCAGGGGGAAGUCAAAUUUGUCUACCGUGGCUUCGCGUUUCUCUCUUCGAAAUUGGUCGUGGAAAAUGGCGGGAUCAUCGUUUGCAGAACCAAGCAACUACAGCUAGCCGGUGGUGGGAAGGCUACUACGGAUUCUAUCGGUGGUUUUGGUGGAUUCGGAGGCUUCGCUCCUCGUUCUCCGAGAAUAUCAAGUCCUGCUCGUGAUCCUGGCGGUGCAGGUGGAGGUGCAGGUGGAGCAUCUCCGUCAGGCAGAGGUGGGUUUGGUCGUGGUCGAGGGAGGCCUGGAAGAGACCUCACGCUGAUCGGAAAGACCAUAAGGAUCUCUCAAGGUCCUUAUAAAGGCUACAUUGGGAUAGUGAAAGACGCGACUGAAACCACAGCACGAGUCGAGCUACACAGCAAUUGUAAAACAAUUUCUGUCGACAGAUCCAGAAUCAAUGUCGUUGGUGCCCCGACGCGCGGUGGGUCUACGCAUUCAAGAACCCCCAUGUACGGCUCACAGACACCAAUGUAUGGGUCCCAGACCCCUGGUUCAAGAACACCAAUGUAUGGUUCCCAGACUCCUACCCACGAUGGAAGCAGAACACCACAUUAUGGUUCGAUGACGCCAUCACAUGACGGUUCGCGCACACCUCUCCAUGGUGGGGCUUGGGACCCAAGCUCGGCAAACACUCCUGCGAGGUCUGAGGCCGAGUUUGAUUACAGCUUGGACGUUCCAACGCCAUCGCCCGUCGGUGGUUAUGGUACGCCGAACCCAGCGACCCCCGGGGGAUUUACCGCCCCCUACACUCCGGGUACCCCAAGUGGAAUGUAUGGUUCUGAACCCACCUACUCCCCGUACGUGGACUCCCCCUCUCCAGCUGGAUAUGCGAACCCUGUCACACCUGGUAGUGCAAACCCUAGUCCAAUUUCCCCCGGGUUUAACCCCCACACCCCAGGAGCGAGUUUGGAAGUGGAGAUGCCACACGAGUGGGUGACCCAAGAUAUUGAAGUGACAAUCAGCGAGUCGUAUCAGGAUUCUCAGCUGGUUUCCAAGAAAGGUGUUAUCCGUAACGUGGUUGGUGGAACCAGUACUGUGUAUCUGUAUGAUGAGAAACGUGACGUCAGCAUUCCCAGCAAGCACCUCACCGCAUUACAGCCAGCCAAACACGAUAAGGUGAAGUUGAUUCAUGGGGAUGACAGGGACAGCACAGGGACCCUGAUCCAGAUUGACGGAAAUGAUGCAAUUAUAAAAAUGGAUUUGAAUGAUAAACUAGUUGUUUGUGAUAUCAGUUCACUGGCGAGAUUGGCUCCGUCCACCGUGUAGCAAGCAAUGGAUAUCUGAAAAAAUGGGCCCCGUGUAGGAUACAAUUGAAUAUGUGCGAUGGCUUGACAGAUAAGUUACGUUGUGUGAACUCGUGUUAUGUCAAGUUUUAUUCUUGAUUCUAACAUUAUGUCCUUGUCUGUGAUGUUUCUAAUUGACGACAAAAUACAACCUCAUGAUUAGCUGAAAAGUUUAUUUUACAUUAUAUCGACCUUGACAAUACUCCAGUUGCUUCAAAACCAACCUCUGCCCAAGUCUAUAUACACAAUAAUUUAGCAAGCUUGAUGUAAAUAUUUGCAAUAAAUAAUAGCGAAUAAGUGAUGCAAUCUACCGCGUUUCAUGAACACACUAUACUUAGUUCGCUGUCAAAUA